ACGCGGCGGGCGCGCAUGCGCAGCGGCGGCGGCGGGAGGCGGCGCGGCGGGUAUUUUGCUGCGUCACCAGCGCUGGGCGCCGCCGCGCGGGGCAUUGUGGGAGUGAGGCCGCGCCGAGCCCCGAGCAGCCGCCGCCUCGGCCCUGCCCCCGGUACCGCCGCGCACCGCCGGACCCGGCCCGCACCGCCCCCGCCGCGCCAGCCGGAGCCGCCGCCGUUCGCCAUGCAGCCCGCCUCCGCCAAGUGGUACGACCGGAGGGACUACGUCUUUGUGGAGUUUUGCGUCGAAGACAGUAAAGAUGUUAAUGUAAAUUUUGAAAAAUCCAAACUCACGUUCAGUUGUCUCGGAGGAAGUGAUAACUUUAAACAUUUAAACGAAAUUGACCUUUUUAAUAAUAUUGAUCCAAAUGAGUCAAAGCAUAAAAGAACAGACAGAUCUAUCUUGUGUUGUUUACGAAAAGGGGAGUCGGGCCAGGCGUGGCCGCGGUUAACGAAAGAGAGGGCGAAGCUCAACUGGCUCAGUGUGGACUUCAACAACUGGAAGGACUGGGAGGACGAUUCAGACGAAGACAUGUCCAACUUCGACCGCUUUUCCGAGAUGAUGAACAACAUGGGCGGAGACGACGACGUAGAUUUGCCAGAAGUAGACGGGGCAGAUGAUGACUCACCGGACAGUGAUGAUGAGAAAAUGCCGGAUCUGGAGUAAGAACAACCGUUGUCUUCAGGGUUUGGGGAAAGAACUUCAUCACAACAUUUCAUAAUUGAGAUAAGAAUUCCUGAGUUGAUAGCCCUCCCGGGAGAUCCUGCAUCCUUUAACCCAUUUUCAGCCCAUUUCGAUGGCUUCCCCGAGGGUUGGUGUGUCCCGGCGCGCGGCUCCGCGCCCGUAACGUUCUGCAUGAACCGCGUUCCAGCCUUCCAAACAAAAACAACCCCAUUGAGGUGUAGCCGGUGGAUCCAGAGCAGUCGCAAUAAAGGUUUACGGAGCCUCUUUUCCUCGUAGAUGUAAUUACACCCGGAAUUCUUCACUUUACACCAUGGGGUAAAUGAGAAUUUUUGUGUUUUUCUUCCCCCCCCCGCCUCUAUGGCCUGAAAUUAAUUAACUACCGGGAACAAAACUGGCUGAAACGAGUCCUUGGCUCCUUCCGUGGUGUUUUCAGGUCUGUUCUGCUCAAGUUUUUAUUGAAAACUAAAUUCUCGUCAUUUGGUGGUUUAACCCCAGUUCUGCCGGCGCCUCCCCCGCUCCUGCCCGUCCCCAGAGCUUCACCUCCCGCUGCGGGGCCGGGGCUGCGCCUUGUUGCUCGUUAAUCUGUUAUUUCAGACCAAAUCGUCUUUGCACUGUGUGGGUGGGGCCGCGAUCCGGGCUGAAAAACCUCAGUUUCUGUUCAGAGCAGCGGGGAUUUUUUUAAUGUCUACAUUCUUUCUAAUAAACUGUUGAAGACUC